GUGAGUUUCAUUGUUGUGUUGACUCCGGUGCUGGUCCUGCUCGCGCAGCCUCCUCCCGUCGUCGCCAUGGUGCAGAUGAUGGAGUCGCAGUGCGAGUACUUCAUGUAUUUCCCGGCGGUGCCCAUCACGGAUCUGUCGGACCCGGCCCGGUACCGCACGCUGCCCCGGCGCAGUCACCUCUACCUGGGGGAGACGGUCCGCUUCCUGCUGGUGCUGCGCUGCAGGGACGCCGGGGCGACGCCGACCGACCACGGCCCCGCAGGGGGCGCCGAGGGUCCUGCAGCCGGUUUCGGGACGGAGUCGGCCAGCGGCCGGGCGUGGCGGGAGCUCGCCGGCUCUCUGUGCGCCGUGGCCAGCGUGAGUCCCGGUGAGAGCGGCCGUCACCGAGGCAACCACCACCCCCAUCACCAUGACUACCAGAGCAGCGGGGACGAGGCCAACGAGGACGGCGAGGAGGACUACAUCGCAGCCGCGGAGGCGGCCAUCGCGGCGCUCGGCAGCAGGGUCGACUCCCGCUGUCGGAGCUUCAGGGACUGCAAGCCGCUGCUCAUCCACAACUCAUCUGGGACGGCGGCCAGGGAGUUCCGCAGGGCACCUGUCCAGUCUCCUCUGGACGAGCCGGUGGUUUUGACGGAUGAAGUCAUCUUCCCCCUCACGGUCUCUCUGGACAAACUCCCCGUCAGCACCCUGAAGGUCAAGGUGAGGACAACGUUGUUCUGGCUAUGCGUUCUAUAG